GGAAAACGGUUAAUCGGAUAUCGGGGUGGGUGGAUGUAAUUGGCGCUUCUUAAUUGCCAAAAAUGUUCGAUGUCUGGUAUUUUUGCAACUGAACUAUUUUUUUACAUUUCAAAUAUUGUAAAGGAUGUGCUGAUAUUUGGUGAAAAGGAAAAAUAUUAUUUCUCGGGCCCGAAAUCAGGUCAUAUAUCAGGCCUGAUAAAGUUUGGAUGUAAUUGGCACUUUUGGUACCGACCGCACCAAAAUGGUGGCUCAGUUCAGUUCAACGUUCAACCGUGCGUUGAAACGCAUCGAAAGAAACGAAGCAUUUUAUACAGGGUCUCAAACAUGCGUUGAUCGUGGUGUCAAAAACUUGACCCGCUCGCUAAACGCUUCGCUACGCUAGUUACACUACGCAAGAACAAGGGUGAGAGAUUAAGGAUUAGUGUUACAAUGUUUAAAUGCACUUAAGUACCUGAAUACUAACCUUACAAACUAGCAGAAGGAAACGACAUAUUGGACUAGAAAAGCAACGAACUGGUACUGGGUUUUAUGUGCGUGGCCGAAAGCAACCGCAAUUUUGCAGAACAACACUCGACACUGCUUAUGUGAUUCCCAUAAAAGUGAUGUCUCCAUACCUCUAAAGUGCAGGAAACUUGCGAAACAUGUCAUUGUUUCGAAAGCCGAAAAGGAUUCAACGGCGCGUAUUUUGCGUUGAUGAUGACGAUGACGGUGAACCUGAACCGCCACCACCGCCGGUCAUAAGUCACGCUAAGAAGGAGAACAAACCUGUCAAAAGCACUCCACUUCUAAGUUUUGCCGACGAAGGUAUUGAAGAUGGUGAAGUGUUUAUUGUGAAGAAGUCAUCACAAAGCAAGAGGCUGGCCAAGCGUCGCGACCGGGAGAAACGACGCGCUAAUGAUAGUGAUAAUAACAAAUAUGACAACCACAGCAACAAUGAGGAAAAGGAUUCACCAGUCAGCGCAGAUAAUCAAGAAAAAAAUAAACCAAAAAAGAAGAAAGCUAGUUUAGAAGGACUAAUACUGUCUGGGAGGGAAGCGCUGGCGGCCGACGGCACGGGCGAUGUGUCGGGCAGCGAGGAGGAGGCGGAGGAACCGGAGGAGGAUAACAGGGGGUUCCACCGGUACCGCGCCGACACAGUGCGUGCGGCGCUGGCCGUGGCGCCCGGCCACAUCCCUGACGCGGCGCUCAUCCACGCGGCGCGCAAGACGAGACAGCAGGCGCGUGAGUGCGGGGACGUGAUCCCCGUGCCGUCGGAGGCGGCGCCCGGCUCGCGGCUGCAGCGCGACGACGGCUCUGGCGACGACGAGGAGGAGGGCCGCCUGCUCGUGCGCGGUCUCGACCUGCCCAGCGACAAGCCCAAGCGUGGAACGGCGGCGGCGUCGGCAGACUCGGAGCUGGACAGCGAGGGCGAGGAGUGGGCCGCGCAGCAGCUCAACAAGGCGCGCGGCGCGAUCGUCGACGGACUAGAUGGCACGGAGGCGGGGCUGAACCCGUUCGCGGUAGCGCCGCCGCCGCCGCGGCUGCAGGAGGCGCCGGCGCACCUGCGGCCGCUUGCCGCGCCCGCGCAGCCGCCGCCCGCCACGCCGCAGGCGCUUCUCGACGCGCUCACCGACAGGUUGCAAGAAUUAGAGACGGACCGGUCUUCGACCCUGACGAAGAAGGAAACGUGCUCGGCGCGGCUGGAGGCGGCAGCCGCGACGCGCUCGGCGUGCGGCGCGCGCACCGGCGCGCUCGACGCGGCCUAUCGCCGCGCGCAGGCUGCUCGGGGUUUCCUCACCGACCUCAUCGAAUGCCUGGAUGAAAAGCUGCCGCUGCUGGAGGCGCUCGAGGCGCGCGCGCUGGCGCUGCACCGUCGCCGCUGCGAGUUCCUCACGGAGCGGCGGCGCGCCGACGUGCAGGACCAGGCGCUCGACACCCUCGCGCCCGCUCGUGCGGGCGCUCUGAAGCCAGCUGACUCUGAGGAAAAGAUCCGGCGCACGGCGGAACGCGAGGGCCGGCGGCGCGCGCGGCGCCUCAAGCGCGAGGCGGCGGCGGCGGCGGCCGGCGCGCCCCCGCCGCGCUCGCACCGCGACGGCGACUCCAGCGACGACGACCUGCCGCCCAGCGAGGAACACUACUACCGCCAGGAGAAAGAGAGUAUCCGCGCGGCGGCGGCGGCGGUGUUCGCGGACGCGCUGCCUGCGUGGCGCAGCGCACGCGGCGUGUGCGCCCGGCUGGCGCGGUGGCGGCGCCGCGACCCCACACUCUACGCCGACGCCUACGUGGCCGACUGCCUGCCCAAACUGAUCGCGCCCUACGUCAGGCAUCAACUUAUUCUUUGGAAUCCACUCGCAGAUGAAGACAAUGAAGACUAUGAAAGGAUGGAUUGGUACAAGUGGUUAAUGAUGUACGGAGUUCGAAACGAGAAGCUGUCGAGCGAGUCUGAACAGUCAAGCGACGAGGAGAGCGGCGGCGGCGGCGCGGUGACCGUGAGCGAGGACGGCGUGCGCGCCGACCCCGACCUGAUGCUCGUGCCCGCCGUCGUCUGCGGGGUCGUGCUGCCCAAGCUCGCAGAGGUUGUUGACGCUGCAUGGGACCCUGUGUGCGUGCGUGCGUGCGUGCGCCUGCGGCAGCUGCUCGUGCGCGCGUGCGCGCUUCCCGGCGCCGCGCCCGCUGUGGCCCGCGUGGCGUCGGCGGCGCGCGCGCGCCUACAGCGAGCGCUCAACGCCGACGUCUUCCUGCCGCCGCUGCCCAUCAACCAGGCUCUAGAUGGCGCGAGCGGCGCGUUCUGGCGGCGCUGCUUGGGAGCGGGCGUGCGGCUGCUGCGCGCCGCGCUGGCGCUCACGUCGCCGCCGCCGCUGUUGCGCGCCGAUGACGUUGCGCUCUCCCUCAUAGAGACGCUGAGCACAGCAGCGGGCGCGUGCGCUGGGCCGGCGGCGGCGGCGGCGGCCGCGGCGCUGGCUGAGACGCUGCCGCGCGGCACGGGCGAGCUGCGCGCGCGCGCGCUGCGCCGCCUCGCGCGCCUCGCCGCGCUGGCCAUCAACCGCCUCGACCAAGCCAACCCGCUCCACAUGAAAGCUGUAGAACAAGCCAAAGCAGUUAUAGCAGAGGCCAAGACGUCAGAGUGACGGCGGCCGCCCUCGGCCACGAGCGGCGCCGGCGACCCCAGCUCGGGCUCCGGUAGCUCCACGUAGCAGGCAUGCGGACCAAGUCGACAUGCUUUAACACUACGAACAAUCCAAUCAGUUCUAGAUAUCUAUAAAUGUGACGUUUUAAACGGAAUGUCCCCGACACAUCUAAUUUCAAUCUCAAAUCAUUCGGCUAACAGAUCUAUAGGUCUGUCAUUUCACAUGUCCGGCUGGUAAAGUCAUUGUGCGGUGGUUUUCUUUUAAAACAUAGUGGUUUUCUUGCAGUUUAGAGAAUCUAGUUUUAAGUAUUUAGUAUUGACUCUAAAACAUAAUACAAAUCAGUCGCACGCUGCUCAGCCUUCAACCAGCCCUCAGUUAACCAUAACGACUUCUUACCAACCACCUCAGUGAAGUGGCAGACCUAUAAUUACGAAUAGUGAAAAAUAAUAAUUGUAUCAAUGUCUUAUUACUACAAAAACCUUAAGAGCCCGCAGCAUGCUCGGUUCUCCAUACAAAAGUAGUAGUCUCAUUUUAAUACGACUACCUAUAUCGUUCUGAAGACUACUUAUCACUAUAGGAAAAGGUAUAUCUAUGCCUGUAAUUAAUUUAUGUAGCUUCAGAUACCGUAGUUAAAUGAAUGCAGCGAAUUUAAGUUUUUCAAACAAAACAAGUGUUGUUGCUUUUGCUUGCUUGCUUUAUUUCGUUUGUUUUAUAAGUGGAGCUAUAUAAACUAAUUACAGGCAUAGAUUUUACUCAUAUCAUUGUAUGUGCAAACCAGUGUUGGCCGAACAUUAAUUAGAAUUGACCAUUAACCAUUACAAAUUGAACCGUAAACUGUAACCGUCCACUCUGGUGCAAAGUUUCAUUACAAUCCAACACGUAUUUUCAAAAUGAGAACGAAACUCCGUUUUUAUGGAAAGGUGAAUUUCAGCCGAGCUUGCUGCGGAUCCUUAAACUGUGAUUUUCGACUAGAUAAUGUAUACUGCUUGCGUAAUCUACGUAUUUGGACAUUGUCUAUAAAUAAAUGACAUUUUUAGCUGUA